GCGAGUUCGGCUCGGUGGUGGAGGGGACGCUGCACCAGGACUCGGCGUGCUGCGCGUGGCCGUGAAGACGAUGAAACUGGCGAUCUGCUCGCGGGGGGAGCUCGAGGAUUUCCUCAGCGAGGCCGCGUGCAUGAAGGAGUUCGACCACCCCAACGUCAUGAAGCUGAUCGGUGUGUGCCUGCAGCCGUGGGGGGGGGGCUCGGAGGGGCCGCCCCCCGCCCCCAUCGUCCUCCUGCCCUUCAUGGCCCACGGGGACCUGCACAGCUUCCUGCUCUGCGCCCGCCUCGGGGACCCCCCCACGGCGCUGUCCCCCCGCACCCUGCUGGGGUUCAUGGCCGACAUCGCGGCCGGGAUGAGUUACCUGAGCCAGAGGAACUUCGUGCACCGAGACCUGGCGGCGCGGAACUGCAUGCUGGACGAGCGGCUCCGGGUGCGCGUGGCCGAUUUCGGGCUCUCCAAGCAGGUCGGCCGCUCGCUCUAUUACCGGCAGGGCCGCGGCGCCCCCGUCCCCGUCAAGUGGGUGGCCCUGGAGAGCCUGGCUGAGCGCGUCUACACCACCAAGAGCGACGUGUGGUCAUUCGGAGUGACCAUGUGGGAGAUCGCCGCCCGGGGCCUGACCCCGUACCCGGGGCUGGAGAACAGCGAGGUCUUCGAGUUCCUGCGGGGGGGGCGGCGCCUGGGGGCACCCCCGCACUGCCCGCCGGCCCUGUGAGUGACCGCUGAGUGACCACUGAGUGACCACUGAGUGACCACUGACCCUGAGUGACCGCUCAGUGACCACUGACCCCUCACUGACCGCUCAGUGACCCCUGACCCAUCACUGACCCAUCACUGACCCCUCACUCACCCCCAACCCCCGCACUGCCCGCCGGCCCUGUGAGUGACCGCUGAGUGACCACUGAGUGACCACUGAGUGACCACUGACCCCUGAGUGACCGCUCAGUGACCCCUUGACCCAUCACUGACCCCUCACUGACCCCCAACCCCCGCACUGCCCGCCGGCCCUGUGAGUGACCACUGAGUGUCCACUGAGUGACCACUGACUG